AUGAGUGAUUGGGACUUCGACAAGCCGAUUAAAUUUACCGUACAUCCAGAAUCCCCUUUCCCCCAACCUCAAACGCCAGAUGGAAUUGAUGUCCGCGCAAGCAAUCCCAAGCGCAAGGGCUUUGUACCCUUCAGCAAAAACAUUGCCUGCCGAGUUGGCGCCACCGCGACCAGCGCCGUUCAGGGUGAGAAGGGCAUCAUCGUUGCUUGGGAUGAUGACAUUGUCCGUGGAGACCAACUCUUUGAGCAACUCAUCAAGAGUCACGCCCAGAGCAUCAGCGAGGGAUUCCAGGACAAAGCCGACGUGACGCUUGCCGAUGAUGUUGCCGCCAUCGACAUUGAACAGAUUAUCAGCGUUGGAAGCUUUGCCAACAACACGCGGGAUGAAGUCCUUGGCAAUCGAGGUGGCGGCCGAUCCCAUGUUGCUGAUAAACUCCAUCCUGCUUGGCGACUGGGGCCGCGAGGGGCACAGUAG